AUGGAGUCGCAAAACAAGAUGACAGAGCGUCCCUGCUGCGCAAACGGUUGCGAUUUCUAUGGCUCUGUGGAGACCAAGAACCUGUGCUCGAGAUGCUACAGAGAUUACCUGAAACAAGAGUCCCGAGAGAAUAUGAGGGCAGAGUCCGCCAUGGUGGCUUUAAUGAAUAACCUUGAUAGGGGUUCCGUCGCUGGGCGAAUAAAUCCCUUCCCUUCUUUGAAAGCAUCAAACUCGGUCUCUCCUUCUGUCGCCGUUGCUGGUUGCUCCAAGAGUAGUAGUGGAUCAACCUGUGUGAAAAAUAGGUGCGAAAGCUGCAACAGAAAGGUUGGAGUGCUCGGCUUUAGCUGCCGGUGUGGUGGUGUGUUCUGUGGGACGCAUCGCUACCCAGAAAAACACUGUUGCCAUGUAGAUUUCAAGAUGGCUGGACGAGACGUUUUGGCCAAGCAAAACCCACUUUGCAAGGGUGACAAGCUAGAACACAGGAUUUAGAGAGAAUGAAGUUGUAGUAAAGAUUGGCAUGGCUGAAUUUGUUUGUACUGUUACAUAUUUUGUUUGAUUUCGGAAAUAGAUAUUUACGUUUUUU